AUGAACUUGAACUCCAGCUCUACUCCUAUCCACUUCCUUACCAACAGUCCUCCUGGUAUGAGAGAGCAGUCUGAUACCACCGUAUUCGAGCCUGCCAACUUAGGUGGCUCUUACCAGGAGUUGGCCAUAUUAUCUGACAGUGUUGGUGAGUGGCAGCACAAUGUCAGUCAUAUCUCAAGACAAGAAGGAAACUUCACUGAUUCACCAGCUAACAAGACAUUAAUCCCGCCAGCAGAGGCCUUUGACCCAUUGGGAGGACAUACUAUCUUGCAGGUCAUCAUAAUUGUCUUCCUCACUGGAUCACUUUCUCUUGUCACUGUUGUUGGCAACAUCCUAGUGUUGGUGUCAUUCAAGAUCAAUAAGGCACUGAAGACAGUGAACAACUACUACCUCCUUAGCCUGGCAUUUGCUGACCUGACCAUUGGGACGCUGUCAAUGAACCUGUAUACUACCUACAUCAUCAUGGACCAGUGGGCUCUGGGGCCAGUGGUUUGUGACUUGUGGCUUGCAAUUGACUAUGUGGCCAGUAACGCUUCAGUUAUGAACCUGCUCGUUAUCAGCUUUGACAGGUAUUUCUCUGUGACCAGACCUUUGACCUACCGAGCCAAGCGUACGACCAAGCGGGCCAUGACCAUGAUUGGAUUAGCCUGGUCCAUCUCUUUCAUUCUGUGGGCCCCAGCUAUCCUAUUCUGGCAGUACAUUGUGGGUGAGCGGACAGUCCAGCCCAACGAGUGCUACAUCCAGUUCCUGUCUGAGCCCAUCAUCACAUUCUGCACUGCUAUCGCUGCAUUCUACUUGCCAGUGACUAUUAUGGCAUUCCUGUUUUGGAAGAUCUAUCAGGAGACAGAGAAGCGAGCUAAAGAUAUACAAGGUCUCAAGGGAUCUGGGUCAAGCAACAGGCCAAGCCAGGCUCAGAAUGAAGGGAGUGGCAGUGGAAGAACUGGUGGAGAAGGUAGAGCCAACAACCAGAAGACUUCAUCAUCCAUGCUGCGCCAGAUCAGCUCCCAAAGCUGCAGCAGCUAUGAACUAAAUCAACUCGCUUCAGAGAUGAACAACAAGGACAAUGCCAGCAUACCAGGAGGAACAGGAUGCAGAGGGAGGUGUGGCACAUUCUGCUUUCACUUUUCAUCACUGCUGCCAGGUUUCCAUGCAUCCAAGAGGUCCGUCAAGACCUUCACAUCUACAGUGGGUGAGACAGAGCAGAGUAGCUGUGAUAGUCUCAACAACAAUGAAGUUGGUGCCUCUGGGGACCGGUCAGGCUCAGAAGAGGAAGCUGAUGGUGUGGACCCAUCAAGCCCUAUCAGCUCAUUGGCUAGUGACCAAUCACCUGCAGCCAUCACAAUGAAAGAUGCAGCUAUGGCCAAACGCUUUGCUUCUAAGGCCAAGACAGAGAUAAAUAAGCGCAAGAAUGAAAAGAAGGCAAAUGAGAAGAAAGCAGCACGGACACUCAGUGCUAUCCUGUUUGCCUUCAUUACAACAUGGUUGCCAUAUAACAUCAUGGUGUUAGUCAACACUUUCUGUCAGGAUUGUAUCCCUGAAACUCUUUGGGCACUGGGCUACUGGUUGUGUUACGUAAACAGCACAGUCAACCCCAUGUGCUAUGCCCUCUGUAACAAAACCUUCCGUACAACUUUCAGGGAUAUUUUGAUGUGCCAGUGGAAUCAAAAGAAAAACAAGCCUAAUUUUCAUCAAAGGAAGGCUGUGGCUUUCCAGAAGAAAGACCCAAUGUAGAGGACGGGCGUAAAUUAUUACAUGGAUCUAUAUCUAAAGAGGCGUUUCUUGAUCCAUUUUCAGAUUUGCAAUGCAGCAUUCCUGGUCUUUCAGGGAGAAGAUGCUGAACUG